AAAGGUCGCGCGCGCGUUUAUCGCUUUUAGCAAAAGACGCGCGAUACGCCCAGUUUUUAAUUUUUUUGAUUAAACGCGGAACGUUGAUAAUUUAGGCCAGGCGAACCGAGUCGUGACUGUGUUAGAUUAUUAGGUCAUAUCUAAGUUUGUCUUUCCAUCAUGCAUCGGAAUCUCUGCUAAAAUAAUCGUAGAAUAAAAAUAAACUAAAUUCAAGGCUGGUUGGCGCUUAAAUGGAACAGAGAAAGUUUCUAGUUUAAAGGCGGUUGUUGUUGAAACUAGUUGAAGCGUUUUAUUUAAACAAUGGGUUUCGGGCGUUAUAUGGACAGUUGCGGUGCGUGUAUGAAAUACACACUAUUCUUUAUAAAUCUCCUCACGUUUCUUGGAGGAUUGGCAAUCGCAGGACUUGGCAUUUAUAUGAUAGUAGACAAAACAUUUACCAUUAAAGUGCUAGGGGCGAGUUUAUACACGGGUGCCAUAUACGUACUUAUCGCCACUGGAAUACUAGUCGCGCUAAUCUCGUGUUUCGGAUGUUUCGGAGCUGCCCAAGAAGUGAGAUGUAUGCUCGUUACGUACUUCAUUAUAAUAUUCCUAAUAUUCGUAACGAUGCUUGUUGGUGGUAUCUUGGGUUACGUAUUCCGAGAUAAAGUGGAGACCUCGUUACGUAUAACACUCGAGAGUGAACUUCACAGUUAUAACAUAAGCGAAGAUGCGAGGAAAAAAUGGGACGAUAUGCAGAACGGAUUUGGAUGCUGCGGUAUAGACACCUUCCGUGAUUGGAAAGGAGUUCUUCCGGACUCGUGUUGUAAAUCUCCACACCCCGGCUUACCGUACCCAUGUCGCGAGCACGACUCCAAUCGGUUCGCAGAAGGCUGUCUCACCUUCUUCACUCAUUUAGUGUCCAAAAAUGCGGCGAUCAUCGGCGGCGUCGGUAUUGCUCUAGCUUGUGUCAUGCUACUCGAAAUGAUAUUUGCCUGCGCUUUGGCAAAUAUGAUUGAAUAGUUCUAAUAACACCAUUAUAUUAUUGUUAAUUUUUUCUAACACGAUUUUUAUGUUUAAUGUAUAUAAGAAGUGAUAAUAAUAGAUUUAAUUUGCUUUAAAAUUAAAUUUGCUUUUGUGACCAUUUUUUACUUACUGUAUAGUUUAUUUUGUUAUAAUAAAAUAAAACGUUAUGUGCCAA